CACGGUUGGAGAGCCCUGGGUUCAUUCAUACAUAAUACAACGCACUGUAGUUUGUGGCAUUCAAUGACAGGUAUUCGUGUAGUCAGCAUUAGUGUAAAAGCAGAAGACACCAAGGAACGAACGGGAUGACGACAGCAAAAAUGAUAUGUAUGGGGAUGACAAGCAUAGUUAUAUACCGAAACAUACAACGAGUUUGUGUUGGCGAUUUCAUUUGUCUGAGCAGAACUGUGAUUCCGGAGGAUAGUGGUGGCGACUCAAUUCGUCUGAGCAGAACUGUGGUUCCAGACAAUGGUGGUGGCGACUCAAUUCGUCUGAGCAGAACUGUGAUUCCGGAGGAUAGUGGUGGCGACUCAAUCCGUCUGAGCAGAACUGUGGUUCCAGACAAUGGUGGUGGCGACUCAAUUCGUCUGAGCAGAACUGUGGUUCUGGAGUGUGGUGAUGAUGGAGGCAGCAGCAGUUGUGGCGACGACGGCUUUGGCGACGGUGAUGGGAACGGCGAUGGGGACGGCAGUGUUGUUUAA